UGAGCCGAGCCGGCGCUGCCCCGCGCGGGGGUGGCAGCACGUGCCAGGGGCGAGAGCGGAGACCGCAGCUAUGGCGUCGUUACUUUGGGGAGGCGACGCCGGGGCGGCGGAGAGCGAGCGGCUGAACAGCCACUUUUCAAAUCUCGUCCAUCCCAGGAAGAACCUUCGUGGUAUUAGGAGUACCACAGUCCCAAACAUAGACGGCUCUCUUAACACGGAAGAUGAUGAUGAUGAUGAAGACGAUGUAGUGGAUUUGGCAGCCAAUUCACUCUUAAACAAGCUAAUCCGUCAGUCCUUAAUAGAAUCCAGCCACCGAGUGGAAGUCUUACAGAAGGAUCCCAGCUCUCCACUCUACUCGGUGAAAACCUUUGAAGAGCUACGGCUAAAAGAAGAAUUACUAAAAGGGAUUUAUGCAAUGGGAUUUAACCGACCAUCCAAAAUCCAAGAGAUGGCCCUCCCCAUGAUGCUAGCACACCCUCCCCAGAACCUCAUAGCACAGAGCCAGUCCGGCACAGGAAAAACUGCUGCCUUUGUCUUAGCAAUGCUAAGCCGAGUGAAUGCCUUGGAACUGUUUCCACAGUGCCUCUGCCUGGCUCCUACCUAUGAACUGGCUCUGCAGACCGGUCGUGUGGUUGAAAGGAUGGGCAAGUUCUGCGUGGAUGUUGAAGUGAUGUAUGCCAUUCGAGGAAACCGAAUUCCAAGGGGCACCGAAGUCACCAAACAGAUUAUUAUUGGUACUCCUGGGACUGUCCUAGAUUGGUGUUUCAAGCGAAAACUGAUUGAUUUGACAAAGAUCCGUGUGUUUGUCCUGGAUGAAGCAGAUGUGAUGAUUGACACCCAAGGAUUCUCCGAUCAGAGCAUCCGUAUCCAAAGAGCUUUACCCUCUGAAUGCCAGAUGCUCCUCUUUUCGGCAACCUUUGAGGACUCUGUGUGGCAGUUUGCUGAACGAAUCAUUCCUGACCCCAAUGUUAUCAAGUUGCGAAAAGAGGAACUGACCCUGAACAACAUCCGGCAGUAUUACGUGUUGUGUGAGAACAGGAAAGGCAAAUACCAAGCCCUCUGUAACAUCUACGGUGGCAUCACCAUUGGCCAAGCCAUUAUCUUCUGCCAGACACGUCGAAAUGCCAAGUGGCUGACUGUGGAGAUGAUGCAGGAUGGCCACCAGGUGUCCCUGCUAAGUGGGGAACUCACAGUGGAGCAGCGAGCUUCCAUCAUUCAGAGAUUCCGAGAUGGCAAAGAGAAGGUUCUCAUAACGACCAAUGUCUGUGCUCGAGGGAUUGAUGUGAAGCAGGUCACCAUCGUCGUGAACUUUGACCUCCCUGUAAACCAAUCAGAAGAGCCAGACUAUGAGACCUACCUCCACCGUAUAGGGCGGACGGGACGCUUUGGGAAAAAAGGUCUCGCCUUCAACAUGAUUGAAGUGGAUAAGCUGCCCCUGCUUAUGAAAAUACAAGACCACUUCAAUAGCAAUAUUAAGCAGCUUGACCCAGAAGACAUGGAUGAGAUUGAGAAGAUCGAAUAUUGAAGAGAGAGAGAGAAGAGAGGCCUUCGUUGUUUGUGGGCUAGUUUACGUGAGAAUGUUUCAGCAGAGUUUGAAGAUAAUUUUCUAUGUUGAGACUCUGUCAAGGUGAAACUGUCACAGAUAAAAAAUAAAUGCCAUGACUCUCUUCACCCG